AUGCAAUAAAUAAAAAGGAAUAUUCAAUUAAAUUAAUAAUAUACUGAGGCAGAAAGGUAUGAUCAGAACUUGAAAUCAAUCAGCAGAAAUACAUGGUGGCAUGAAUCAAAAUCUAAAUAUGAUAAAGUCAAUGAAUUAAAAUUCAUGAAUAAAGUCUAUUCUAAAGAAGUCGAAAAUGCUUAUUAAGAAUUGAAGAAAAGGAGAAAUUGUAUGCUCAAAGAUCUUUAUGAAAAAGAAGCACGUGAAUGGGAAUAAGAACUCAGAGCCAAAGGAUUAGCUAUUUACAAAAACAAAUUAUGA